GGCCCGAUGAACUUCAGCAGCGUGCCCAUCAAGAACCCGCACACGCAGGCGACCCACUUCGGCCCCGGGACGGAGCGCGGGGGGCCGUACUACCACCUGGGGCAGGAGUGCCACAAGGCGGAGGUGCCCCGGGGGAACCCUCUGGCGCCCUUGGACCUCAGCGCCACCAAGUCCCUGCAGAGGCGUGCCAACGACGCCACGAGAGAAAGGACCCUUCACGUCUUCCGGGACCCGCCGUCGGCGCGGUCCUGCAGGAUCUCGCACAACAAGGACGGCCUCGUGAUGGACUCCCACUCGCACUACACUAAGAUUGGCUCCAAGCACCUGUGCGACCCCCGGUCAGACCACACCCACGCGCUCAAGCGAGCCACCAGCAACUCCGCCAGCCUGCCGGACCUGAGGAGCCACCCCAGCAAUCUCCGGCGGUCGAUGCUGCGCGACCCCGCGCCCUACAUGAUGAACGCCGCGUUCUCCACCUCGAGCAGCGUCAUAGGCCAAUGCUACCACAAGCACCUGGCUCCAGACCCAGCCAAGCUUGGGCACCGCCACCCGUUCGACAUGUCCCUGCUGACCCCUGAGAACGCCAAGUACACCGAGGACAUGCAGAUGAACAGCCAGUCCCUGAACCAAAUUGCCCAGGCCAUCGGCAUCAUCGGCAAGGUGCACGGCGAGGGCGGGCUCCUGCAGCGGGACCUCGAGCAGGGUGGCAGCCGGCGCCAGGAGCUCCAGCUUUACAGGCCUGGGGAGUCGCGCCUCGUGCUCGGGGUGAUGAAGGGCCUGCAGGCGCGGCUGGAGAAGACGCGGGACGAGAUGCAAGCCUCCGAGACACAGAAGGAGGAGAUGCACCAGCAUCUGAUGUCCACGAAGAAGGCCCAGCUGGCUGGCCUUCAGCAGGAAUCUACUGAGAAGAAGCAGAUGAAGAGGGAAGUGCAGCUCGAACUGGUUGAGGUCAAGGCCCAUGCCAAAGGGGCAACUAAGACCAUCAAGAGCACCACCGUCCUGCUCGAGCAGACCAGCUCCGAGUGCUCCUCCAAGAACCGGUCGUGGACCGCGCGCAGCGCGGACCGGGAGAAGGAGAAGGCCACCAUCCACCAGGCCAUUGACGUCCUCGUCUCCCUGCAGAGCGCCGAGGCGACGCUGAUAGAGGCCAAGGGCGAGGAGGAGCAGGGGGAUGACGGCUCCGAGGACGACCUCGAGGCGUCGGUGGCCAGCUCGUUCCUGCAGCGCGGGCAGCGGCGGCAGGGAUCCGGCGAGUUGCGCGGCUUCGCGGCGGAGACCGCGCGCCAGGCCGGCGUUAGGCGCCACCAGCAGUUGGCCGGCGGCCAGGCCGGCAGGGCGCUGCGGAUGCUCGCCAGGGCCCAAGGAGGCGGCGAGGACAGCAUGGACGCAUCGAAGAAGGUGGUCAACGACCUGAUCGCCGUGCUGGAGCAGCAGGCCACCGAGGAGGCGGACAAGAAGAAGUACUGCGAGGCCAUGUUGGCACAGAAGAGCGGCGCCGAGACGGAGGUGGAGGACACCCUGAAGAGCCUGGAGGCCGCGAUCGACUACAAGGCCACGGAGGUGGAGUCGUUCGAGAACAAGAUCAAGUCCACGGAGGAGGCCGUCAAGAAAAUGAAGG